UGUAUACAUGCAUACUAUAUUUAUGUAUAUAUAUUGAUUCCUAGUAUGUCCAUACGCUAGCUCACUAGGUCUUGCGGCUCGCCAAAGUACACCAGCGAUUGACGGUGUCUUCUACCGUCCAAAUGGUACAUCAUAUCAGCUCCAGUCCAGUUUUCAUACACAUUCGACGGAACCGGAGCCGACGGCCGGCGCGGCUACGCCGCCUGGCCCGGCGCGCGCGGCCCCGGAGUUCGCGGUCCCGCGUCGCCUUCUCCGACGCGGACCUCGCAUCGGCGGCGGACGCGGACGCGGCGGCGGCGCUGGCAUCGCACGCUCCCGCGGACGCGGCGGCGCCCGCGGCCGGCCUCGAGCGCGAGAGUUGCGAUACGACGCAGGGCGACACCGACGUAGACGUCGCCUCGCAACUCUCGCGCCUCUCGGUCGCUGGGGCCGAGGCGGAGCCCCGCAGCCCCCGGUCGCCGCGAACGCCGAAGGACGCGUGCGUCGUCUGCUGGGAGCGGCGCCGCGAGGUGGCCUGCUACCCUUGCAUGUGCGUCGCGGCGUCCCGGAGAUUUCCGCUGAUACUUCACUUGACACCUCGAUUGCGCGGAGACACGCCAUCGCCGCGGUCGUCUCAAUGUCUGAUCCGCGCAGGCACGUCUGCCUCUGCGCGGCGUGCGCCGGCGCGGCGGACGCCUGUCCCAUGUGCCGGCGGCCCGUCGAGGACGUGUUCCGCGUGUUCCUGUCUUGAUUUCUUCAUCAUCAUCGUCGUCGUCGGCGUUCCGCGGCUCUUAUCUAUAUAUGAAGCAUCUUCUAAGCAUCUU